CUCAUCCCUAAAAUUGAGUUGCGAAAAAAACACGAAGUAAACAAAUUAGAGCCGAACUAUGAUACACAGCCUGUUUAUCGUGAACAGCGGCGGCGAGGUCUUCCUGGAGAAGCACUGGCGCUCGGUGGUCUCGCGAUCCGUGUGCGAAUACUUCCUCGACGCCCAGCGAACGGCUCCAUAUGAUGUGCCACCGGUGAUUGCCACGCCCCACUACUACCUGAUCACGGUGCAAAGGGAUGCGGUGUCCCUGGUGGCCGCCUGCAAGCAGGAGGUGCCGCCGCUGUUCGUCAUCGAGUUCCUGCAUCGCGUGGUGGACACCUUCCAGGACUAUUUCGGCGACUGCUCCGAGUCGGUGAUCAAGGACAACUAUGUGGUGGUCUACGAGCUGUUGGAUGAGAUGCUGGACAAUGGCUUUCCGCUGGCCACCGAGAGCAACAUCCUCAAGGAGCUGAUCAAGCCGCCGAACAUUCUGCGCACCAUUGCCAACACGGUGACGGGCAAGAGCAAUGUAAGCACCACCUUGCCAUCGGGACAGCUUUCGGCGAUUCCCUGGCGGCGGAGCGGCGUGCGUUACACCAACAACGAGGCCUACUUCGAUGUCAUCGAGGAGGUGGACGCCAUUAUAGACAAGUCGGGCUCCACGGUCUUUGCGGAGAUCCAGGGAUAUAUCGACUGCUGCAUCAAGCUAUCCGGGAUGCCUGAUCUCACGCUGUCCUUCAUGAAUCCUCGCCUCUUCGACGACGUCUCCUUCCAUCCCUGCGUGCGCUUCAAGCGCUGGGAGGCGGAGCGCCUGCUCUCCUUCAUUCCGCCCGACGGCAACUUUCGCCUGAUGUCGUAUCACAUUAGCUCCCAGUCGGUGGUGGCCAUACCUAUUUACAUUCGGCACAAUUUCUCCAUCAAAACGGGUGAACAGGGACGGCUGGAUCUGACAAUUGGACCGCGGAACACGCUCGGUCGCACCGUGGACAAGGUGAAGCUGGAGCUGACCAUGCCGCGAUGCGUGCUCAAUUGCCUGCUGACGCCGAAUCAGGGCAAGUACACCUUCGAUUCGGUAAGCAAGACGCUGUCCUGGGACGUGGGACGCAUCGAUGUGUCCAAGCUGCCAAAUAUUCGGGGAUCGGUCUCCAUUACGCCCGGCACCACCAAUAUAGAUGCCAAUCCGUCCGUGAAUGUUCAGUUCCAGAUCUCCCAGCUGGCCGUCUCCGGGCUGAAGGUGAAUCGCCUGGAUAUGUACGGCGAGAAGUACAAGCCCUUCAAGGGCGUCAAAUACCUGACCAAGGCGGGCAAGUUCCAGGUGCGGAUGUAGACGAGGAGCAUCGAAUCUAAAUCCAGCUUUAAUUAAGUGCUAGCGUUAAGUGUAUUCCACUGUUUUAUGUCAUUCGUCCCCUUUCUCUCUCUAUCUCAUCUGUAUAUCUAUAUUAACCACCUAUCUAUUAUCUAUAUCUACCCAUAAAAGUUAAACUCCAAUUGUA